AUGGCCAGAUUCACUCAGACUGAAACAAGAAGGCAGCACCAUCCACAGCAGCCCCAGCCCGCUCACUCCAGCCUGGUUUUCACCGGACCGGGGGCACCACCGACCCAACAACCACUACUACUUAUCCCACAUCAGCACCAGUACCCUCAGAUCACAUUUCCGAAACCCAUGAACGGGUCAGAACCCAUUUCAAUUCAUCCGGAGAGCGGCAACAUGAAAGACCAAGAUGCCAUUAAGCUGUUUAUCGGGCAGAUACCGCGGAACUUGGAGGAAAAAGACCUGAAGCCCCUGUUUGAACAGUUUGGGAAAAUCCACGAACUGACAGUUCUCAAGGACCGAUACACCGGCAUGCACAAAGGUUGUGCAUUCCUCACCUACUGCGCCCGAGAGUCGGCCAUCAAAGCCCAGAAUGCUCUCCAUGAACAGAAAACACUGCCAGGGAUGACUCGCCCCAUCCAGGUGAAACCAGCUGACAGCGAGAGCCGUGGAGAAGACAGGAAGUUGUUUGUUGGGAUGCUGAACAAACAACAGACCGAGGAGGAUGUUUACCGCCUCUUCGAACCCUACGGAGUCAUCGAGGAGUGCACUGUCCUAAGAGGUCCCGACGGAAACAGCAAAGGUUGUGCCUUUGUCAAGUUCUCCACACAUACUGAGGCUCAGUCUGCAAUCAGUGCCCUCCACGGUAGCCAGACCAUGCCAGGUGCUUCCUCCAGCUUGGUGGUCAAGUUUGCCGACACAGACAAGGAGCGCACUAUCAGACGUAUGCAGCAGAUGGUUGGGCAAUUUGGCAUCUUCAACCCUGCCAUCGCCCUUCCCUUCAGCACCUACAGCUCUUACGCACAUGCGCUCAUGCAGCAGCAGGCAGCCAUCAUGGCAGCAAGCCACGGAGGUUACCUCACGCCUAGUGUGGCUUUUCCCGCCACACAGAUCCACCAGAUGGGGGCGCUCAACAUCAACAGCCUUCCACCCACCCCCAUGACCCCGGUGUCGGGUGAGUUUCAUCAAGCCCUGGGCCUCAGUUCUCCACCAGCCAACAUCACCACCUCCGCUGUGCCCAGCAUCGUCACGCCCAUCGUCAACGGAUUCACCGGCAUCCCUCAUCAGCCCAACGGACACCCCGCUGUGGAGACUGUGUACACCAACGGCCUGCCUCCCUACUCCACCCAGAGCCCCACGGCUGCUGACACCCUCCAGCAAGCCUUCACUGGAGUACAGCAAUACACAGCGAUCUACCCAGCCACCACACUGACUCCCAUUGGCCAGACACUGCCCCAACCACCCCAGGUCAUCCAGCAGCAGCAGCAGAGAGAAGGUGAGGGUCCGGAGGGUUGUAACCUGUUCAUCUACCACCUGCCACAGGAGUUUGGAGACAAUGAACUCAUGCAGAUGUUUCUGCCCUUCGGCAGCGUCAUCUCCUCUAAGGUCUUCAUGGAUCGGGCAACCAACCAGAGCAAGUGCUUCGGUUUCGUGAGUUUCGACAACCCUGCUAGUGCACAGGCAGCUAUUCAAGCCAUGAAUGGCUUUCAGAUUGGGAUGAAGAGGUUGAAAGUCCAGCUAAAGAGACCGAAGGAUGCCAGCCGCCCUUACUGACACAGCCUACCUUCAGUAUUCAUUGCAGCAGCACAGGUUUUAGAGGACACGUGAAGAUAUCUCGGAGGAGUUAAACUUUUUUUCUUUGAAAGCAAAAUAUGUUUUAAAAAAAUCAACACAUAAGGAAUUUUUGAAGACAUAUCAGCAUUUACUUAUGAAGAUAUAGGUUACGGCAGAAAAAGAAGAUGCGAAAAGAGGAGGAGGCGCUUCACCGGGGGACUUAACAGUACCAGAUGGCACAGUGCAAGAAAGAAAGACGAGAAGAAGAAAAAAAAACUGAAAAAAGAUGUGAUGAGACUGAACAACAGAACUUUUUUCUUGUUGAGACUUGAAUUGUUAAUUAAGCAACAAACUAACAAACAAAAAAGCAGCAACAACAAAUAGAUUUCUAUAUACAUAUUAUAUACACAUAUAUAUAAGGAAAGAGGCGCUUGUGGCUUUUACUGUACUGGACAAAUGAGGGUUAAAACUUGAAGAUCAAGAAAAACAGUGGAAAAAAAGAGGCUAUUCUAUUUGUCCACUGACAGACUUUCUUUCUCUUUCCCUCUUUCUCUUAUUCUCUCACCGUCUCUCUCAGCAAGCGCAGAACUAUGACUCUUGGAGGUCACUGAGGUUUCCAUUAGCAACAGUAGAACUGCAAAUCUUUCACCCCUAAGGGACCAAAGGACCAAACAUUUUUAUUGUUCUGAACAGUAAUAUAUAGUAUUAAUGAUACUAAUACUACAAACUACUACUAAUAAUAUUACAAGUUAAACUUUAGAAGAAAUACUAGCUUCAGGUUGAAAAAAAAAAGAGGAAAGGGGUUUUGGUUUCUUUUCCUUUUACAUUUAUAGCUACUGGGUUUAAGGAAUAUUAAAACAAAACAGAAAAAAAAUGUAUAAAGCUAUACUAUUUUAGUGGAGUAGAAUAUGUGGGUUAGACAUUGUUUCGGGCAUGUUCAGAUUAAUUCUUUUAGCCACUCAUUUGCUUCAUCUGCAUCACAGCAUUUCAUCUCGGAGGUGUGAUCUGUCUGUUAUUGUGUCAGUAGAAGAAGAAGAAGAAGAAGAAGAAAACAGUCCCGUAGUGCCAAAAGUGACACAAUAACAGCCUCUUAAACCAAACAGUACUGAUCCACAGUGCCCUGUCUUCUGCUCAACCUGGUCUCACAGAAAUCCGUGAAAUAGCCAUGGAUUUCGCUUAACUCAAAAUCCGUGGAAUAGCCACGGAAUCACUCAAAUUUCCGUGAAACUGACACGGAUUUCGCUACAAUGCAAG